ACACAGUAUGUGCACACAAUGGCAGACAAACAAAUGGAGCGAAUUAUAGGGUCGACGAGUAACGAAUGGUGGUUAAUAGCGGAGCAAUUAGAAAACAUCGUCGGCAGGCAGGAAGGAGUAAGCAGUCGAUCGUGCUUAAGUAAUGAGCGAGACUCGGCAUCAUAUUCACUCGGUCUCGGACUUAUAUGCAACCGACGAGAUAGAGGUUCUUCUUUUAGAAGAGAUUCGUGACCUGGAACUACCAGCUUCUGCAUAUUCUAGACCUGAAGAUAUUCAGGACUUCGAAAUUGCAGGCAGUCGGUCAGGGGGGCAAAUUAGCUCCCAACCUUUGGAGCUGGAUUCACCAGGGGUCCACUCAUGGGACUCGCAUGCUAACUAUCACGGCUAUGGCUAUGGCGACUACCAUGGCUCUUCCUCUAACGCUCUGGCUUGGCCGAGAGCGAGUCACUUGGUUCUUUAUUGUGAUAUACAGGGACAUCUUAAAACGGCUAUCGGUGUUGUUAGACUCUUACUGCUCAUUUCAUCGGCGGCGUGUCUGGCGACAUUAUGCAGUUCUGGUACUGCCAAGGUCAGCUUGUUUAUGCUACCUUUAGUCGGGCGGCUCCGUUUUAUGAUCUUUAUAGCAGUUUUUUGUUUUCUGGUCACUGCAUUACUCCUCUUCCUUGAUAUUUCACACGUCGUCUAUGUUUUUCCUCUAAAUUGGGCUAAGUUGAAUGCUUGGGUAUUCACUGGUAUAGGCGUAUCUUACGCAUUAAGCAGUGCAUUACUAGCAUGCUCUAUAUGGGAAUACCACAGCGGAGGCUGGGUGCCAAGACGCACUCGUUCUCAGCUGUCUGCCGCAGCAGCACUUGGACUCUCGUGUGCUGUUCUAGCGUUUUUACUUUCGUGGAUACAUGGUCGCAGUGAAUCCAGUUGUAGGGGUCCAGAUAGUCGUACUCAUACACCAACACAACUUUAUAAACCUGUUGACAAUUCUUCUUCUUCUGGGGCCACUCUCAAAGAGCGUAGCCCAAAGAGACCUACUUCGUGGAAAACUCAACAGUCGAGGAAGCAUACUGCAGACAGUGACACGAACACGAACAACGGUCACCACGGCAAUGAUAAUCACUCGAAGUAUAAGCAAAACGUCAAUAGAAAGGAUCAUUGGGCCUCCGCGAGGCAACACUUUUUGCCAUCCGAGGAUAAUACCGAGGAGAUUCAAAGAGACGACGUCGAGACCGAGAGAAGACGGAGAAGACGAAGAAGAGACGGUGAUACCAGUUCGACGGGCGACGGCAAUUUGAUGAACGCUAAAACUGAUAGUGGUCAUAUUACAGAUGAUAAUAAAACUAGACGGGUGCCGCGAAAGUUACCGUUACAAUCGAUAGAUCAGUCCCGACCUUGGCCCAGUGCCGAGCACAGAGGCAGUGGUUCGAUGCAGGUUAGGAAUAAAAGUUCGCAGAUCCCAGUGAACAGUAACGCACAGGACUAUUGUGGUAUAAUUGAAUCCACAUCGAUGCAAGUGACGCAAAACGGUUUCCAUUGGGAGAUGGAAUGCGCGUCGAGUACCAGCACCGAUAAAGUGGAAUUGGCUAUGGCACGUACCGCUAUGUGGUCCGAGCAAUGGCAACCACCACCUGAUGACGUUCAACCUUGCUCCAGCAAAACUAUCGAUCCUUACGGUUUUGCCUGA